UUGUCCGCAAACAGGACUGUGUGUACAGCGAGAGAAAGAAACUCCAGUCUCUUGUGACAACUCUGGUUUGACAGGUUUUAUCUGCUCUUCUGUCUCAGUUUUCAACCAGAAAAUCACUCACUUCCGGACAAGCGGGUUUGAGAGAUGUUCUCCGUCGCUACCAGGAACUUCGUGGAGGAGGUGGACCGCGGAGGGGCGCUGAUCCCGGUGUGCAGCCUGAACGAGCCCAUCUCCGCCCUCUCCGUGGUGGUGAAGCGAAAAGGCUUCUGGUUCUGGCAGCGGCCCAAAUACCAGCCCACAGACUUCAACCUGAGCGACCUGCUGGCCGGAGACGCGCCCAUAAAGCCAGAUGUGAUAGAGACAGACUUCAUCAAAUACAGCGGGACUUUUGGUGACAACCUUCAGGGAAGCAUCAAUGCGAGCUUCAUCAACAACUCCGUCAACGUGGCGGGAAAAGACUCUUCCAAACUGCAGUCGUCCUUUGGCAGUUUGAAGAAGGAGGAAGUGGACGUGCAGAAGCUACUGCGGGCCUGUAAAGGCAGGGUGCUGGACAUGUCGCACUGCCUGAUCCAGCAGGUGAAGGAGAAGCCCCGCAGGAUUUGUGUGAUUGUGAAGGAACGCAUCGUGACCACUCAGCCCUGCUCCGUCAUCGAGGAGGUGCAGCAAGGCGGCCACUGUGGAGGAAACUGCAGUCCAAAGAUCUCCAAGUUUUUGCUGAAGGAAAAUGCGAGUCUGAGUAAAGACAGCAACGUCAGCAUGGAGAUCCCCCCCAAGACGACCAUCGCCUACGCCGUGAUCGAGCUGGAGAUCAGGCACGACGGACACUUUGAGCUGUGCCUGGUGUCAGACGUCAGGGGGGGCUUCGAGGUGGACGGGCCCGUUAAAAUGGAGCCUCUGUCGUCUUCAGGAGCUCAAAACAGCCUUCAGCAAGAGCUGGACAAUCUAAAGGAUCAUUUCCAGGUGCUGUCGGGCCUCCCUGCAGCCACCAGGUCCGCUCUGCUGCAGCUGCUCUCUCAGCUCAUGCAGAACAGAGCAGCCGUCAGCGCGCUGCAGCACACGCUGGAACAAGUGUGCCUGGAUAAAAAACCCGACUUGAGUGACCUCAAAGUAACGGAGUCGCAGCAGCAGAACAUUAAAUCAAUCGUGGAGCUUUUGGAGCAGAGCGGACGAGAGGAUCCCGCUCAGGGCGGCCCGGCCACGUCCGUCCUCACUGCCUUUCACCUCCUCACCUCCACCUUAGAGGAGCUGCCAGACGACGGCCUCGCCGUGCUGGGAAUGUGCUGCAGCCCCGAAGCUUUACACACCUUGGAGCGUCUGGUGCAGUGCGUCUCGGGGAGCGGGGAGACGCCUCAGGGCGGCGCCGAGCUGACGCAGGACAUCUUUGAAAAGACUCGGCAUCUGUUCGCCGUCUCUAAUGUGUCCCUGAAGAAAGAGGGAAGCAUGCUGAAGACAGAAAUAACCCCACAGCCAGGACACCUCCCGCUGGUCGUCUGCAUGGCCGUCACAAGCCUCGCCUCUCUGGCCAGAGGCGUCUGACACAAAAAUAGUCGCCUCACCUCACUGUGGGCCAAUGGAACCUCGUCAAGUUUCUUCACCGCGGCCUUCUCUUUUAAAUGCAUCACACCAUCGCCAAAAGCUCUCGUGUGUAUUUUUUGGUACAAAAUGUUCCUGCACAACCACUGAAGUAUUGAAAACACACUGUUGUAUUUUUUUUUUUUUUUUUUUUUAAUAAAAAAGUUUGAGUAGAUUUAUUGGUCAGAAUUGUAUAAAUUUACAAAACAUUUUAUGAAACUGGUCAUUACUGAGCUCAAAUCUUGAAUUUAAAGUUUACUGUCAAAAAGCCUUUUAAAUUGAUUUUUAUAAUUUUUUGGUUGCAAUCAAAAGUUCGGUCGAUGUUCGAACAUAUUUUUUUUUUUUUCUAUCCCUAACCCUUCCCUGUAAUGUUGAAAUAUACUUUCACAUGGUCACAACCUUCA